AUGGGUUCUUCGUCCAACGGAGGAGUGCCACCUGGGUUUCGGUUUCAUCCGACAGACGAAGAGCUUCUCCAUUACUACCUAAAGAAGAAAAUCUCUUAUCACAAGUUCGAGAUGGAAGUUAUCAGAGAGGUUGACUUAAACAAGCUCGAGCCUUGGGAUUUACAAGAGAGAUGCAAGAUCGGGUCAACUCCGCAGAACGAAUGGUAUUUCUUCAGCCACAAGGAUAGGAAAUACCCGACGGGGUCAAGGACCAACCGUGCUACUCAUGCAGGGUUCUGGAAAGCAACAGGACGAGACAAAUGCAUAAGGAAUUCUUAG